CCACCCUAACGACGAACCGAAGCCAAGAAGCUUGAGAGCUCUUGCGUUCACCACGGCACUUCGCUACCGUGUGGGAGAGGCGGUUUGUGGUGGGAAAAGAGACCUAUAAGGCAGGAUCUGACCAAGAAGGCUAUGAUUCGAGGCCAAGCGUCUUAGUCCACAGCAGAGUAGUGUGAAAGUAGCGACCUUGGCUUGGGUCUCUGGCCAGCAUGAGCGAGUUGAACGAACAGAUAAUCGAGUUGACCAUUGAGGCUCUGACUGGAACAAUCUACGACCUGUGCGUGAGUCCGUUCGAGACGAUCCUCGGCAUCAAAAUGAAGAUCCAGAGACUUGAAGGGAUCCCGGUGUACCAGCAGCAGCUGGUUCACGGGAACACGGAGCUCCACGAUGAGUUUUGUCUGGAGGAGUACAGCAUCGGGUCAGGGGCCCAACUGAAGCUUCUGGUAGCCAUGCGAGGAGGACCGAUACACGCUCACAGAGUUCAACUGGAGGACCCAACUCUGCUAGAGAUAGCAGAGGUCCUCGAGGCCCAGGACUCUGACCACAAGUACACAGUGAUGCUGCUCACGGAGGAAGAUGCGUUGGAAAUGGCAGAGUUUGUUGAUGUAGUUGCGGAAGAGAGUCCAGGGCACGUGAGUCCUCUCCCACAGGCCACUGCCACUGAGGACACAGCAUCCUCUACUGCACUUAGCAAGGUCUGCUCUCUCUAUCCCUUCUCCUCUUUGCCUUGCAAUCUCAUUGGUGUCUCCGUGGUCACCCGUCUGCCCGUAGGCUACUCGUACCAAGAUGCAAGACCUAAUGACUCGCCUGAGGAGCACCCGGAAGCUGCCCUCAUUGGAGGUACAUGGUAAUCAUCGCCUCAUCCACAGUCGCUGCAUGCUCUCUCUCAUGUACACCUGCUACAGACUGGCGACAAUGACCCCCACCUUCACAGAAGAGGCACCUCUACUAAACUGUUUAUUCUGGACAGUCGAUCUCCAAGUCAAAUCCUCCACUCCUCCGCACCCUCUCCAGUCACACCACACCAAGUGGCCACACCCACCAGCUCCAGCACCCAAUCAGCAGUCCACAGGAAACUGGUGUACUCACAAAACACUGGGACAUGUACAGAGUCACGAGGAGAACAGGGAUGCCAUGUCUCUCAUCACAAGACCACUGAGCAGAGAGUGUGUCCUGGAGCCUCAGAGCACAGUGUGUCCUCCUCGGGUCACCACUCGGGUCACCACCCCCUCAGACUGACAGACAGACACCAGAGAGGCUGGAGACGAAGACAACGACUGCGCCGACCAAGCUGCCUCGCCGACAAGUCACUCAAACACUGCCACACAGACGUAGGUGAGCUGGCUCUAGAGAUGACCCAGCUGGGACUGAGGGAGACUGGGGAGAAGAGAGGCCAGAGAAAGAGAGGUGUAACAGAGAGACCACUGCUGCCCAAACUCUCCUCUUCCUCAUCUUCUCAUUCUCACCAACCCAACCUCAGCGGCUCUGGGGUACCUCGACUUCCUGAAAUAUCGCUAGGCCACGCCUCCUGUCUGACAGGAAGUGGGCGGAGUCACACUCGGCCCCAGUGUGCACACUGUGGCAAGAAAGUUGGGCUGGCUGCCACAUACACAUGCAGGUGUGGCAGGGUGUUUUGCUCGCGACAUCGCUAUGCCGAGUCCCACAACUGCUCCUUUGACUACAAGUCACACGGCAGAGAGACAAUUGCCAGGGGCAACCCCCUUGUUGUGGCGACAAAACUUCCGAAAAUAUGAUAAAUGUGUCAUCACCUAUGUUUUUGUGUGUCGCGCGCCCCGAGUUACCGGAAGUCGUUACGCGCUACCGGAUAUUUCCGUAUAUAUAUUCCCGGAAAACGUCACGAUCUUUUGCAACAGAGAGCACGCAACCGCUAAAAGGAACGGUUGUGUAGCACAUCUGCGCUCUCCGUCCGUUAUUUGCGAGUGAAGCCGGGAAGAUAAGAAGUCAACGACCAGAAGAAGGCACGGGGAUCUUGUUUCUGGAGAACUGACGCCAUGAGAAGGAAGGAGCCCUGGCUCUACAAGAAGUCCGGACCAACCUGCACUGCUGAGCACUGGUGACAGAGGAUGCUCAAACCUCCUCGUCUCCUUCUCAUCUUGUUUCCAGAAAACAGGGCGUGUGUGUUUUGUCCGUGACACUCGCCAGUAAGCAGCUACGUUGCAAAGCCUCUUGAUCCCUGCGGUCAGUACCCCCUACCCCUCCUCCACCUCCCUCCCUCCCUCCCUCGGUUCUCCACGAACCCAAACACUUCUUCCACAAUACAAAAUGCAAGCGCCCAGCUGGACCGACUUCCUCCAGUGCUCCGUCUGCACAAACCGCUACAACACGACCUCCCUCCUCCCCAUUAGCCUCAGCUGCGGACACAUCAUCUGCAAGAAAUGCCUCACAGAGUUCAUGUCACGGGUCUGCCCCUACGAUAAGACGGCAAUUAGUCCCAAUGCCGAGCGGCUCCCCCAUAACAGCGCUCUGCUCUGGCUCCUAGGCGAUGGAGGAGGAGGGGAGGAGGGAGAGAGUUGUGAGUCUGGUGACUUCUCCCUCCUCGGGCUCACCCCCGAGGACCUGGAGCUGUUCAAAUCCUCGCGCAACUCUAUCAGGAAAGCAGCUGUGUACCUCCAGCCUCUAGCGGAGCCCGGCAGCAGUCAGAUCAUCCAUUACCUCACUCGCCCCAUGCUCAAGAAGUUGGUGACUGUCGUCAGCUGUCAGUUCCUGGAGGCGGAUGGCCGGGCGCGAGUUCUCCGCGCGACUCGCUCCAUUACGGACCGCACGGUCACGGAGCUGCUGGUGAUGCACCAGAACCAGCAGCAGAUCUCCACUCUGCUCUGGUCCGCCAUCCGGAGCCGCGGUUGCCAGUUCCUCGGGCCCGUCAUGCAGGAAGAGGCUCUCAAGCUGAUCCUGAAGGUCCUGGAAGGAGGGGCUUUCCUCUCUCGCAAGAACAUUGUCCUCUACGUGGUUCAGCAGCUCCAGCAGCAGGAGUUUCACCAGGCCUCCAAGACCAGUGUGGGACAUGUCGUCCAGCUUCUCUACAGAGCUUCUUGCUUCAACGUUGAGAAAAGAGACGAAGAUUCUUCUAGAAUGCAACUCAAGGAGGAGUUUCGGACGUACGAGGCUCUGCGUCGAGAGCACGAUGCCCAGAUAAUUCGAGUUGCCAUGGAGAGUGGACUGAGGAUCAGCCCGGAGCAGUGGUCUGCCCUGCUCUAUGGCGACCAGAAACACAAGUCAGACAUGCAGUCCAUCAUCGACAAGCUCCUCUCUCAAGGGAUAGCCACCUCCGGCCUCAGUGAGCUAAUAGUCGCCAUACGCCGAUCCCAGGACCAACACAGCUUGCUGGAGAAGAUUGUCCCUCAUCUCGAGAGACUGCUGCGUGUCGACAUCAACAUAGACAAGAGCUCGUCAGAAGUGGAGCAGUGGGCGUUCUUUUCAGAGACGAUGGCUGCUCUGGUAGCCAUGCUUCACGAGUACUCUUCGUUCAUGAGGAUUCAGAGUGGCCGCUACAAAACCGGACUCUGUCCAAACAUCACUAAACCUGGCGGGUGCCCGAAGGGAGAGAAAUGUACCUACGCUCACACGGAGGAAGAAAGAGACAGGUACCGCCACCUGGCGAGGGGAGCGAAGAACAAGUCUAGGGAGCUAGGAAGACCUGUGUCUGGUCCCCAGUCCAUUCCAUCCCGCACUGGAACUGGAUGCUGGUCUGGAGACGUCGGCAAUAGACUGGACUCCUCCCCUUUCUCGUCGCUGGGGCCCUCGUACGAGGGCAUGGGUUCGGGGUUUCCGGGAGCGGGCGGAGCCAGCCAUGGUUACCCCACUGGGGGAGAAGCUGUCGGAGUACCUCAGGGAUACUCUGAAUACUCCACGAUGCCUACGGCUGCUGUCGGUGGUACAGCCUCCAUUGUCCUGCAACAAGUCGUGAGACAACCGACCAAUUUGACCUCUGACCCCACCACCAUCAUCUCUGCUCAGCCCCAGCUGGUGGCCUAUAGAAGUCCCCAUCACUCUGGUCCGCUGACUCUCAGUGGGGAGCAGAUAGCUGCAGUCUAUGAUUCUGCAAUAGAUCCCAACUACUUCAGACGGAGUGACAGUAUUCCAGAUGACUAUUCCGUGGUGGGUGUGGCUAGUGACGGCAGACGAUACUCACGAUCUCUCCAUCCCAGCUACCUUACAACUGGGCCCCCUGCGGCCCUGGAGUCAAUCAAGCAGGCACACUCAGACAUCAAGAGGAACAUACAGCAGCCAUGUUACACGUCAGACGACGGGACUCAGCAGCAUUACUCCUCUGCAGGUUACCUCCAGACCCAGGCCCCCGUGCAGUACGAGACUUACUCUUCCACCGGCCGCAGACAAGUGGCCACUGCUACUGCGACUUACGUACAGGAGCCACACCCCGCUGCCGAGCAACGAAUGCAUCACCAUGACAACCACACAGACCAUGCCCCUCCCGAUCAGCAGCACGUCGUGGUGUCCAGUGUGAGUGGGAGUUCAGGUGUGUAUGUUGGGGAGUCACUGCCCGGAGAGGUUGUGAAAGGGGGAGAGGGGGGAGGGGCUGAGGCAGAAGGGAGUGGUCUGGCUGGUCAGAUGUCUCACCUUCAACUUAAAGACCCCACCUACUACGAGACCACACCCUAUUCGGCAGUGGGCGGGGCCAGCAGUGCCGGUGGCUACAUCUCGUCAGAGUCCUAUCCCCAGUACUCCACGUCGCAGUCCAGUCUCCUCCCUCAUUCCUCGUCAUCUAGCCAGAGUCGAACUUUGGACCCUGCGUCACUGCAGACCUCCACUCAGUACACCCCAGGUGGAGGGAGUGAAGGGGUUCGAGCUAGUGGAGUAGGAGGAGGAGGGGAGGUGAGGGUCACGGGAGAAGAGUCGGAGAUCGAGGCGAUGAAGGAGAAGAUUCGUCAGUUGGAGUCGCAGCUGGCGAAAGAGAAGGCGAAGGGCUCGAGCCAGGUGACUGGAGCUCCACCUCCUCUUGUCCCCCACUCCCCAGCCCACAGUGGCCUGCUGUACAGCACGUCCACUGACACCUACCCUGCCACCCAGCAGCUCCAGCACUACGCCACACAAGUUCAGCAGCAGGUCCAGAUGUUCCCUGCCGGGUCAGCCCAGCAGCCAGCCUACUACACCCCAUCUCCUGCCACGCCCACCUACCAGUACACCAACUGGAGUGGGCCGCAGUACUCUGGUGACCUCGCCAGCAGUCUCCAGUCUGGCCCCAUGUCGGGGAGUUACGUAAUCCACCAGCCGGCUCAAGCCCCGCCCCCUCAGCAGACUGUCAGGAGACAUGGCGUGUAUCUACAGCAACAGCAGCCAUUGGCUCAGGAUCUGCUAAACAAGGACCACAUGUUGGCGAUGUACCUUCAGAUCCAGGAGCAGUCGAAACCAUACCACCACCAGCCACACCCAGUCUCCGCCCUCUCCUCGUACACCCCUUCCCCCGCCGCCCAGCAAGCCUCCACCCAGAUGGGGUAUGGGGGCGGAGCCUCGCUGGGGUAUGCCCCCACCAAUCAUUUCCUCCAUUCCUCUGGGACACAGUAUGUCAUGAAGCCAUUCUGAGCGAACCAGCAACACACGUGUGAUUAAUAAACAUUACAUCAGUGCAAUUUGUACAGGAUAAAAUUUACAUUUGCUCCAUAAUUGGAGCGAUUUUUAAUGAGCACUAAUGAUCAAGUCAUUUACUUCACACAACAUUAUCAUUGCAUUUCACAUUUCACUGUGUAUUAUAUAACAUGCAGUCAUACUGGCCAGUUAUGCAAUCAACACUCCAUACAUGUCUGUACAUUUUAUAACAGUGCCCUGAUGAUAAUUAUUCUCUGCUAAUUACUAUACUCCACGCGAAGAGCAGCGGGAGGAGGAAAAGACAAUGAUAAUGUAAAGAGAGAAAAAAGGACGAUAAAAAUAGUUGAGAGAUCAGGAAAUUGGGAGGUGGACCCCAGGCCACAUUUGGCAGUAGAGGAUUGAUGAAUCUCUUCCUACUAGAGCCAGUGUCACCCCUUCUUGGACCUCCUCUUCCUCACUGACAGCUGACUCCCUCCCCUCUGCUGACUCCCCUUCCCUCCUGGUGGCAGAGUGGAGUCUGGAGAGACUGGAGUAAGAAUGUUCCAUGGAGAGAGGUUCAGUGGAAGGCAAUGGUACCACCACACGAACAGGACUCUCCUCUUUUUCCCUGGCUGUAAGAUAGAUGAUCUUCAGAUCUUGACAGGAGUGUACCUUCACCUCACCCCACAGUUUGACUUCAGUGAGGUCCAGGUAGGUCAGCAGGGCUGCCUGAAUCUGGGCACUGUUCCCCAGACCAUAGCUCUGCAUCUCUAGCAGUUUAGGAUGAUUUAGGAGCCAGCUAUUCUCCUUCACCUGCUCCAUCCCACCU